AGAAAUUAAUUCCCAUAGAAACAUAGGAAGAUCCGUACUCGGUAAUGUGAGCCGUAAGCCACUGGUACUUCAGUAGAGUAAGAGAGCUUUAAUCUAAAAGUCUGAAUAUGCACGUUGUCAUGUGGAACCUAUGCACUGAGCCGUCAGUGUUCCACGGAUUGUUACGAGUGUAACACAAUGUGCAGCCCUAAAACCAGUCUGUCAUGAUGUUAAUACUAUAAGUAUGUGAUAAAGUUAAUAUUUGUGUGAUAAAUUUAACGCCGUUCAAAACGCGCACGUGUGGCUAACUGUUAGCACCAGUUAGCUAGUUGAGAACACACAGCCUGGAACGACAGACGCCUUUCACCUUGGCUUCUGCUCCCCUGCUGAGUGUCCAAAGCUCAAAGCAGAGACCGACAGCAUGAGCGGCCAUAAACUGCUGUUUGACGGGUUGAAAUUAUGGACUUCAGGGAGAAGUAGAUGGAUAAGUCGACUUCAUGAUGGUAUAAAUGGACGUGUACAAGCAUGCUUCUCCUCUUUUAGCCCGAAGGUGUGUAUUGUUGGCAGUGGUCCAGCAGGUUUCUACACGGCCCAGCAUUUGAUCAAGGCCCGUCAAGAUGUCGAGGUGGACAUUUAUGAGCGGUUGCCUGUACCCUUCGGUCUGGUCAGGUUCGGGGUGGCCCCUGAUCAUCCUGAAGUCAAGAACGUCAUCAACACAUUCACGCAGACAGCCAAACAUUCACGCUGCAGCUUCUAUGGCAACGUGAAUGUGGGGAGGGAUGUGAGCGUUGAGGAGCUGCAGCGAGCCUACCAUGCAGUUGUACUGAGUUAUGGGGCAGAGGGAAACAGGAGAAUGGGAGUGCCAGGAGAAGACUUGGCUGGUGUGUAUUCUGCCAAAGACUUUGUAGGCUGGUACAACGGCUUGCCCAGCUGUCGAGAGCUGAGUCCAGACCUGAGUUGUGAAACCGCGGUCAUUCUAGGACAAGGUAACGUGGCCUUGGAUGUUGCAAGAAUCCUGCUGUCUCCUAUCGACAUUUUAAAGAAGACUGAUAUCACCCAGCCAGCCUUGGAGGCCCUGGUAGACAGCCAGGUCCGCAGGGUGCUGAUUGUUGGCAGGAGAGGACCCAUACAGGUCGCUUGUACAAUCAAGGAGCUUAGAGAAAUGGUGAACCUGCCGGACACCAGACCUGAGAUGGUUGCAGCUGAUUUUGAGGGUGUCACAGAGGCUGUUAAAGAUUUGCCGAGACCCAGGAAGCGUCUGACGGAGCUGAUGUUGAAGACAGCCCUGGAGGUUCCAGGAGAGAAGGAGCAGGAGAGGCGAAACCGGGCCUCCCGCGUCUGGGCCUUUCGGUUCUUCCGGAGCCCCGUUGAAAUCCUGGCAAACCCUGAUAACAACAGAACAGCUGGCAUCCGACUGGCUGUCAACAGGCUGGAGGGUUCAGGUGAGGGAGCCCGGGCAGUGCUCACUGGAGAAGUGGAGGAUGUGGCCUGCGGCCUCGUCAUUAGCAGUAUCGGCUACAAGAGCCUCCCCAUCGAUCCAUCAGUACCGUUUGACUCCUACAAAGCCAUCGUCCCAAACAGCAUGGGCCGUGUUCAACAAGCUGCAGGUCUAUAUUGUAGUGGCUGGCUGAAAACAGGCCCCACUGGGGUGAUAGCCACCACUAUGAACAAUAGUUUUGACACUGCACGAUCCUUAUUGGAGGACAUGGACUCGGGAACACUGGAUGUAUCUGCUGCCAGGCCUGGUUCACAAAGCAUCAGUGGCCUGCUUGAGAAGAGAGGAGUGAGACCAGUCACUUUCUCAGACUGGGAGAAGAUUGACAGUGUGGAGACAAGUCGGGGUGACGCCACUGGAAAACCCAGAGAAAAACUACUGACUGUGGAGGAGAUGCUGCAGUUGGCCCGAAAGUGACUGAAGACAAGAAGAUGUUUACAGGUGAACACUGGGCACGGAGCAAGUGUUGCAGUAUAGAAGGAGUCAUUAUCACAUUGAUGGGGCCGUCAAUGACUGAUCAUAAUGGACACAUUAAAAAAUGGCAUUAUGAAGCACUCAAUAUAGACCUAAUGCAUGUUGUAGAUUAUUUGUCACUAGCCUUAAAACAUGACUUCCUAAUGGAGGCUAUUAUUUGUUAACCUAUUGUAUUGCACUGUUUAAUAUGUUUGUACAUGUAUGUUCAAGAGCACAAACUAUAUGCUCACAGAUUUUUUUUAUACUUACACUUCAUAUAAUUUAAUGUUUCACAUUAUCCUGUCUAUUUUGAAUAAUUAUAUUUCAUACAAAAUAAAAUGUGACAAAUGUGCUCCUGUUUGAAAGAUUCCACAAGUAAACAGGUUCAUUGGUAACAGGAGAUAAUAUCAGGACUGGAUACAAAAGGGGCAUCCAAGACUUAGUGGGCACAUAGCCAACAGUCUCUCACACUAGGGAUUUCACCAGCUACAAUCCAUAAUGUCAUCAAAAGAUUCAGAGAAUCCAGACAAUUGUCUGCAUUAACUGGGGCAAGGCUGAAAACCAAAUUCAAUGCCCAUGACCUUGGAUUCUUCAGGCAGUGCUACAUUAAAAACU